AUGAUGAAGAAUUCGAUAACAACAGGAAUCCAUCCUGUAAUGUACGGAAAUUAUGGCAAUAGUAUGAGAGGGGACGAUGAAUCUUCAAUUGCAAGUUCCAGUAAAUACAGCCAAAUUCAUAAAAAUUAUAGCGAUCAAGUCAAUUAUAUUACAUUUAAUCAGGAUUGUUCUUGUGUAGCCAUAGGUUUAAACUCAGGAUACAAGAUCUUCAAUUGCAAUUCAAAUUUUGACAAAUGUUAUCAGUAUGUCAAGAAUGAAUCAAUAGGAUUGAUCGAGAUGUUGUACACCACAAGCCUAAUUGUUCUAAUUGGUCUAGGUGAAGAUUAUGGUAGUUCACCCAGGAAAUUAAAAGUCGUCAAUUCCAAACAAAAUUCGACCAUUUGUGAUCUAGUGUUUCCAUCCACUAUACUAAAUAUCAAGUUGUCCAAAAAAAAGUUGAUUAUCUUGUUGGAAACUCAAAUUUACAUUUACGAUAUAUCCACAAUGAAAUUAUUGCAUACUAUCGAAACUAGUCCUAAUUUGAAUGGCUUAUGUGCUUUGGCGAAUACAGAUAUGACAGAUAGUAACCACACGUUUCUAGCUUACCCAUCACCUCCAAAGACAAUACUUCAUGAUUCUUUGUUGGUAAAUGGGGUAAAUACGAAUGGUGGUAACAAUUCAAUUCAAAAUAACAUUCAAUCUGUCAGUAACUCACCAAACAGGGUUGGUGACGUUAUAAUCUUCAACACGACUACCUUGCAACCAUUGUCGGUGAUUGAAGCCCACAAAUCAGUUUUAGCAGCUUUAACUCUAUCAAAUGAUGGAACUUUGUUAGCCACUGCUUCUGAUAAAGGAACUAUUAUAAGAAUAUUUGAUGUUCUCACAGGUGUGAAAUUGUUUCAAUUCAGAAGAGGUACAUACCCAACCAAGAUCUUCUCCUUGAAGUUUAGCAAUGACAAUAGCUAUAUCAUUGCAACAAGUUCGAGUGGCACGAUUCACAUCUUCAGAUUGGGAGAAGAUGAAGCCCUCGAAAACAAGCACAAAAGAAAAAGACAAACAAAGAAAAGGGCCAUCAAUGAGGAAACCAUCCAGGAAGAAAGUGAACUCAGUGAUAAAACUAAGGGAUCAUCUGAUAUCGAUGAACAGGCAGAUGUUGAUGGAGAAGAAGAAGAGAUUAGGGAUGAUGGGGAUGAUAGUGAUGCAGAUGAAGAUGAAGAGGAAAACGAAGAAGAAGAAAACAUCGUUAAUAAACAACGAAAAUUAUCACAAGGAUCUACUGGAUCAUUCACUAGUAUAAAUAGCGGAUUAUCUAAUGAAGAAUUACCGUCAAUGCAUAACGGGACUAAUAAAUCUGAACCCAUAAUUGAUCAAACCAGAUUGUCCGUAGCAAGAAUAAUCCGUCGAUCCUCACAGACAUUGGGAAGGAAGGCUGCCCAAAGAAUGGGAGAUUUUCUUCCUUCUAGAUUUUCUUCCAUAUUGGAACCAACCAGGCAUUUCGCAUCCAUAAAAAUUCCAAGUAUUGCCAAAGAUGUUAAAUCAAUAGCAGCAAUGAGCAAUGAAUUACAAGACGAUUUGGUCCCUCAACAGUAUUUGACCAAAUCUAAGGAUCCUCAAGAAGUGGAUGUUAAACCAAAAGACCUACUCAAUUUGAAAUUGCUUCAUAUCAAUGUGAUCACUUCUGAAGGGAUCAGUUAUACUUAUGGGUUAGACCCAGAAAGAGGGGGCGAUUGCAUUUUGUUAAAUCAAUUUUCUUUGUUAGAUUAG